UCAUCAAUUGUAGCAUAGCAGAGGCACGCUGUCCUCUAACCUACAGAGUCACAUUAGUUGUUGGCAUGGGACUCAUGAUGGCAAACACGCUCAGGUUAUUGUUCAAGCAACUGGUUUGGUUUUUACUUGUGGAAAACUUCUUAAUCUCUCCUGCUUUGUCAUAUACUUAUAGAACUGACACAUGGCAACAACUUCCAAGGCGAACACCGCAAUUUGACAAUCGUCCACGCUUUAAACAGCCUCCACUCCAACAAACAGUUUCAAGGCCAGUUCGAGUAGAAACUGUCGCUGUGACGUGCCAUUCAGACUACAUGGAGAUAGUAGUGAAGGCUGAUCUGUUUAAUCUCGGUAAUCUAAUCGACGUGGAUGACCUGCGACUUGGAGUUGAACAGUACCAAGACCAAGAGCCGUGUAGGGCUACAGCUUCAGCAGCCGGAGAUGAGUACAGAAUAUUCGCAGCACUUUCAGACUGCGGAACCAAGUACAUGCUGAACGAAGACUCAUUGAUCUACGCAAACCUCCUCAGAUAUACACCCAGAACCACACCAGAUGGCGUUAUUCAAAUGACUGGUGCUGUAAUCCCAAUUGAGUGUCAUUAUGAAAGGAAGUACAGUUUGGACAGCUCUUCUCUCCAGCCGACCUGGAUCCCUUUCACCGCCACAGUGUCUGCUGAAGACACCCUGCAGUUCUCAUUGAAGCUUAUGACAAGUGACUGGCUCUAUGAGCGGGGUUCUGGAGUCUACUUCCUGGGUGAUCCCAUCAACAUUGAGGCGUCUGUCAGGGUUGCUCACCACACCAGGCUCAGGGUCUUUGUUAGCAGCUGCGUGGCCACACUGGACCCUGAUAGCAACUCUGUCCCCAGAUAUGUUUUCAUUGAGAGUGAUGGGUGCUUGACGGAUUCCCAGCUGCCUGGUUCCCGCUCUGGUUUCAUGCGUAGGACCCAGGACAACAAGCUCGGGUUCCACAUUGAUGCCUUUAGGUUCUACCAGGAGGACAGGGCAGAGCUGUACAUCACCUGCCACCUUAUGGCAGUCCCUGUCAUGGACCGUGCAGAGCCUAGCAACAAGGUGUGCUCCUUCAUUGAUGGCAGAUGGAGGUCUGCUGAUGAGAAUGAUUUGCUAUGUGGGCGUUGUCCAAGCCUGAGUAGACAGAAGGGGGUUGAUCAAGCUCCAACACAACGUCCCCUCAGUCCAAGACUAAAUGGUAGCCAACUUGAACCUCGUGUCUACCGCAACAAACCCCCAGCCUCUGGUGACAAUUGGAGUAUUGGGAUGAAGGCCAAGAAAGUAUGGGACCAGGAUACUACUUUGGGCCCCAUGAUUGUCCUCCCAAGUAAACAGAAAAGUACACCUUUAUCUCCACGGACGAGUGGAGGUAUCGAUAUACCUGGCUUCCCUGCCUCAACAGGGGACAGGAAGCCCGUAUCACUUGGCAGUCGUUGGCGUGGCAUUGACUUCAAGAGAGAGCGUGAGGCCACUCCAGACCCUGAGUUGAUUCCUACACCUGAGCCCAUUGGAGACCUUGAGGUUACCACAGAGAAAGAGGGUCUGGGUGAAGAGGAGGAUCAGUAUGAGAUUGGAACCUAUUGAAAGGUCCACUAUCCAAUUUCUAGAAUUGGAAGGCGCUUGUCGUGGUGGCCCAUAAUAGAAUUGCUCCAAGCAGCAGCACACUCCAACUCACUGAGGUUGGUGCCGGUCCUGAUGUCCCAGCACACAAGGAGGAUGACCCUACAACAAAGUGACAUAAGCACCACAUCUGCUCCUGGCGAACUCAACCAGUGAAGGGACUACCACAACACUGAGACGAUAUCUCAAGAGAUGCCUGUUAAUAUCUUUGAAAAAUAAAUGAUUUAAUGCUA